AACCAACUUCGUUUUCACGGUUUUGUUUACAAGCGAAGGGAAGCUAAACUACUAGUGGCUCUUUUAGCUUAAAGCAACGCAACAGUUUCCUGUCUUCUUACAGUGGUUAACAACAGCCAUGGGGAAGUCAUUUGCUAAUUUUAUGUGUAAAAAGGAUUUUCAUCCUGCCUCUAAGUCGAAUAUUAAAAAGGUAUGGAUGGCUGAACAGAAACUAACUUUCGACAAGAAGAAGCAGGAAGAUCUUAUGCAGGCAUAUUUAAAAGAACAGGAUACUUACAACAACAGGGUGUUGAUGGGAGAUGAUCGUGUUAAAAAUGGACUCAAUUUUAUGUACGAAGCUCCACCUGGAGCAUCCAAAGAGGAGAAGAAAGAGGAAGGAGAGGAAGAGUGCAAAUUUGAAUGGCAGAAGGUGGCUCCUCGAGAGAAGUAUGCGAAGGAUGACAUGAAUAUUAGAGAUCAGCCAUUUGGUAUCCAGGUGCGCAACGUGAGAUGCAUCAAAUGUCACAAAUGGGGCCAUGUGAACACAGACAGAGAGUGUCCGCUGUUUGGACUGUCAGGGAUCAAUGCCAGUUCAGUGGCCACAGACGACGCAGCAGGCCCGUCGAUGCACCCCUCUGAGUUAAUGGCCGAGAUGCGAAACAGUGGCUUUGCCCUGAAAAAAUGUGUCCUUGAUAGGAGUUCUACUGUUUGUGAUCCUUCACAGGAAUAUGUUGCCAGCGAUGAGGAAGAUGAUCCUGAGGUGGAAUUUCUGAAAUCAUUAACGACCAAGCAGAAGCAGAAACUUCUGAGAAAACUUGACCGGUUGGAAAAAAAGAAGUCCAAGAAGAAGAAGAGCAAAAAACAGAAGAAGAAAAGCAAAAGAAAGCACAAGAAAAAGCCAGAGAGCAGUGAUAGCUCGUGUGACUCCUCCAAAAGCAGCAGCAGCAAUAGUGACUCAGAUUCAGACAGUCAGGGCAAGUCCAAGGGCCAAAAGAGGAAGAAGAACGAGAAAGAAGAAUCCCGUCGGGAUAACAGCUCACAGAACGAGCAAAGAGUGAAGAGUCAGAAACAGGCCUCCUCUCACAGAAGCAGGUCAUCGAGCCCCCACACUGGACAGAAGAGGGCUAAAGAGGACUCUGGAGAUUAUAGACAAAGAAGGACAGACAAGGGAAGGAGCGGGAGCCGGUACCGCACCCCCGAAAACAAGAUCAGGCUGGAGGGAGGUCAAGAGAGAAGGAGGCAUAACAGCAGGCACAGGCAGGAAGUCAGCAGCUCUGCGGUUAGAUUGGACAGAAGCAGAAGCCGUGAGAGAGGCAGGGAGGACCGGGAUAAAGACAAACGUCACAGUGGAGACGGCGAGAGGAGCAGGAGAAGCACAGAUGGAAACAAAGGCAGAACAGCUGAUAGGAGGAGCAGAAGCAGAGAGAAGAGAGAAGACAGAGAGGUUCGGGGAAGAACUAGGAGCAGGAGUAGGGACAGAAUAAAAAGAAAACAUUAAUUUUUAUUAUAAAAGCUCUCCCAAUUUUUAAAGCAGAAAAUUUGUGAUGUAUUUUGUUUUCUUUGUUGUACAUGACUGUAAAGUUUUGAACAUCCUGUAGGAUCCCCCGUUUGACGAUUAUUGUGCUCAAACUACGCGUUGAUCUCGUUUCUGUCCACUAGGGGGAAGCAGUGAACAGGAAAUGUCAACAUGCGCUCUGUGCUUUUAAUAAAAAGGUAUAAAUUAUUUACCACGAAACUAUUUUGUUCGUUGAAAAGUGUUGGAUUUUUGGUUUGUUAUAAGGAGUCCACAGGAAAAACAACUUUCUUUGAAUUAUUCUUUCUGUGCUCGUUUUUCUUUUAUUCCCCUCUAACCAUGUGUCAUAAUUAGAAGCCUAUUAAUUCCUUUCAAAUAAAAACAAUACAUUUAAAA